CCUUUACAAACAUCAGCUAUAGGGACGGACUAUUCUUGUGCAUGGAGAUUGCUGUCCUUAGAGGCCGUCAGCUUCCUGGAGCUCCUUGUCUUUUGGAUUUGUCUCCUAUGGGAUUCCCACUACUAAUUCCUAAACAGAAGUCUGCUCACCUGAAGCCCAUGGCCUCCACUGCUACUGUCCUUCCUCAUCCCCUUUAAGAUCCUGAGUUCCACUACCUCAUCAUCACUACAUCCGUGUCUGGCACUGAUAGCACAUUCCCACACAGCUCCUCUUUACCACUGAACAGGUGAUUCAGCUGUGCAUCACCCCCAUUAGCCCAGGCAGGACUUGUAUCUGAAAGUUCCCCCUGACAGCCUCCAGGAACCUUGUUCACUGCUACCACCUGAUGUGUUGCACUUCCAGCAGAUGCCAUGAAUGCUAAAGUCCUACAUAAGAAGCAGGUUCUGUGGUCCAGAAGCUUCCUUGAAUUGCUUAAAGAGCCUUAAUCACCUCCCUCACCCUGAGCUCUGCAAUGUGCUCUCACCCUAAUGUCACCCAUGGCAAGUGUGGCUUGGUGACUGCACUCCAGUCCUUCCUCUAUGCUUCCCAGGCUGCAGCUGUGCACACACAUCUAAGGCAGCCGUGUCUCAUUGCCACGUUUUGCCAUUCCUGAGGUCUCUUCUGUUUCUGUCAUCCUUACAUCUUUUGCUUUAAUGACUCUUUACAACAUAAUUCCCUUUGUUCCUCAAUAUGGUAGCAGAGCACUGCAUCUUUCCUUCCCACAUCUUGCCCACCCUCUCUUUCCUUGUUUUUUGCCUUACAUCUUCCCUGUACCUGGCAUUAUGGUUGCAGUUUGAAAUGCUGGUCACUUGGUGUGCCAUGGUGCUGCAGAGUCAGUGAGUGUCAGCCACAGCCAUGGCCUACCAAAUUCUGUGCACUCCCAUCAAAAUAAAUGGAGUUGGGCUGAGGAAGAGAUAUCUUUUCUCACACCUGAAAAGAGCUAAAGGUUUGGUAAUUCAUGGAGUAAAAGCUUAUCUAGGAUUCCUUGUCAGGGCAGGAUUAGAUGGCCCACACCAUAAAGACCUCUGAAGUCCAAGUAUUUGGUUUGUUCUGCCCAGAAUUUCUGGUUAGAGUGAGCUGAAGAGGUAUUGGUGAUGCUUCUGCUGCAUGGAACUGUAUUACAAAUGCUCUGUAACCAGCAACACUAAGAAAUAUCUCUCUGUUAUUUACUGUAAAAUUUAAAAAGUGACAUAGAAGCAAGUGUGAAAGUGUUUACGUUUUACUGUAAGGGAAAUAGAAUUGUAAUAAUUUUAAUCCUGUUCACCGCUGUGGAGGUGAAAAUGAGAUAUGGUUUUAACUUCAGCACAAUUUGAUGUGCAAAACCACUCACACAUUGCUAAUACGUAAACUGCUUGACUGUGAAAAGAAUUAUCUUCAGACAAGCUUUUUUGACAUUAGUAGUUAAGGAUCCAUGUCCAGGAAGGACACUGAUUAUGAGUUGUCAUUUCUAAGGCCAAUACCUAUCAUCCAAUAUCUAUUGGAAUUCAGAUCAAGAAAUGUCAGAGAGCCCACGUCUUGAAGUCUUGUGUUCAAUAAUUUUAUAUUGUGAAUCUUUUCUUUUUAUAUUUCAGUAUUCAGCCCAGCCUGUUAAUAGACUUGUCUCAACCUUUCGGAUAACUUUGCCAGAGAGAACUUCCUUCCCAGACUGACCUGACUGGAUACCCACCAUGCACAACAGCACCACCGAAAUUCCACCCACGGCUGCGACGUGUAACGAGACUUGGCCCACCCAGUCGCCCAGCUCCGAGUUCUCCCUGGGUGUGUUGGUGCUGCUGGCUUUCCUCAUGGUGUUGCUGUGUCUGGUGACCAUCCUUGGAAACAUGCUGGUGAUCCUUGCUUUUGUUAUGGACAGAAACCUCAGGCAUCGGAGUAACUAUUUCUUUCUGAAUCUUGCUGUUUCUGACUUUGCAGUGGGUGUGUUCUGUAUGCCCCUGUACAUCCCUUACAGCCUGACAGGAAAAUGGCACUUGGGAAGAGGAAUCUGCAAGCUCUGGCUGGUCAUGGACUAUCUCCUCUGCACAGCUUCAGUGUUUAACAUUGUUCUUAUCAGCUAUGACCGUUUCCUGUCAGUUACUAAAGCUGUAUCUUACAGAGCUCAGCAGGGAAUAACAUCCAACCCUGCCAUCAAGAUGGUGGCCAUCUGGGUCUUAGCAUUCCUCCUGUACUGCCCAGCCAUCCUGUUUUGGGAGCACGUGGCUGGACACAGCGUGGUAGCGGUGGAUCAGUGCUACGCCGAGUUCUUCAACAACUGGUACUUCCUGCUGUGUGCAUCCACCCUGGAGUUCUUUGUGCCGCUGCUCUUGGUGACCUACUUCAACGUGCACAUCUUGCACAGCAUCCAGCGGUGCCAGCGGCGUGGCAGCGUGCAGGACUGUGAGCCUCCCAGGAGCAGCAGCCUGUCCUGGAGGUUCUGUGGCUUGCCGAGGCCAGGAGCAUCAUCUCCUUCGUCAGAAGCAGAGGACAGUGUUUCUUCUUCCAUGAGACCAAAGAAAGAGUCUUUGGGAAUUGACUGCUCAUCUCCAUCCAGAGACAAUUCUGUAACCCCAGAAAAUGACUUUUCUGUUUCCUGCUGUGCAAAGACCAGAUCAAAACUGCAGCGGGACAAGAAAAUAGCGAAGUCUCUUGCCAUAAUUGUCUGUGUGUUUGCCAUUUGCUGGGCCCCAUACUCUUUAUUAAUGAUUAUCCGUGGGCCCUGCCAGGGAACUUGUGUCCAUAACUUCCUGUAUGAAGCAACCUUUUGGCUUUUGUGGAUCAAUUCCUCUUUGAACCCAUUUCUUUACCCUCUCUGCCAUGUUAAAUUUCGAAUGGCUUUUCUGAAAAUAUUAUGUCACAAAAAGUUUGCAACACUGAGGUCAGGUUCUUUUUAGAAGGAAGAAGAAAAAUUAAGUUCAAGAGGAGCUGGAUGAGGGAUGUAAGUAGGCACUGUUUGAAAUUAGAUUUAGUCUUUUCCAGGAGAUUAAACUAGUUGCAAAAUUCUAAAUAAGCCUUCUGUGAAAUAUCCGCCUGCAGGCAAAUGUGCAUGACCAAGAUUUGUGUACUUUUUCCAGCUAUUUGAAUUGGUAAUUUAAAGGCUAUUGCCUCUGUCUGACUUUUCAGAGUAGUCUAUCCAAAUUAUCUUAAUUCUGAUUGUAAUUGAAAAUGUUGUCUUCAAUUGAAGUACCUCAUAUAUUUGUGUUCACAGGUGACAUUAGUUAAAAAUACAAUAAAGUUGUAUAUUACCCAUAGGGUCAAUAGUAUUCUAAAGUUGCUAUGUUCUCUCUUCUACCUCUUUUGAACAAUUUGCAUUUAGAACCUGUUUUUUUGCCUAUAUGAAACAUUGAAUGAAGUUAUGAUUUUUGUUGCCAGGUAUAUAGCAGAAUUACUUCCUUUCACAAAAGGUUUUUGGCCAUCAGAAGCAAAUAGGAACUACUUUCAAAAACUUGGAUGUAUGUGUUCACUGCAGAAGGGCAUUGCUCACUAUAUUUGCUCAGAUGCAGCAGUAGAGAAUUCAGGUGUGCAAAGCAUUUAUGUGGAUGUCCAGCUAUUCUGCAAAAAACCAGCCUUCUUCAGAUGUAGUUUUGAGAGAUCAUAGAAAAAGAAGUAUUUGUGCUUACCCCUUGUGGGGGAAAAUCCAGUUCUGUUUCUGUUACAAGUCCUCAGCUGGAGGCUGUGAUAAAUGGUAUAUUUCUUACACACUGUGUAAGGCUGUGUUUGUUUUUCUGCAUGAGCCAGGAAAAUGGCUGUCCUAGAUGGCUGCCUGUAGUAUGUGUGGUGAGAACUGAGAGAGCUUGGAUGUGAACUUCUUUCAGUACACACUUUCCGUACUGUUAAGGAUUAUUUACUUUCAUGGCUCUGGAAUUACCAGGUAUUAACUCCCUUACUAAAUAAACAGGUGUAACUUUAAAAUGUAAACAAUUUAUUUUCAUCACACAGUCAGUAAGUAUAAGGCUAGAAAAUAAAUGGAAGAAUGAAAACUAAAGAAAUGUGAGAGGUAUUUGGUGUCCAUUUUAUCUUUUUUUUUUUUUUGUGUAUAUUCAUAUAUGAUAUUAGUGUAUUUUACUUAAUCUUCUGAAUGUUCUUCUAGGCUGAACUACCAUUUAAUCACAAUUAUAUGUUUUGCUAUACUAUAUGAGAAUUUAUACUCUUCUAUUUAUACAAAUUACACAUGUAUUCAGCA